UUCAACAGGCAGCGCCUGUACGAUCGAUAGGCUUCCUUGCUUUCAGUAGUCGCUAAUAUAUGAAUCCUAGUGAAUCCAUGGAGGCCGCAGGGGGUAAGAAGGACUACAAAGACCCUGCCCCGGCGCCGCUCGUGAACGCCGGCGAGCUGGGCAAGUGGUCCCUGUACCGCGCCGUCAUCACCGAGUUCGUGGCCACGUUGCUCUUCGUGUACGUCACGCUGGCCACCGUGAUCGGGCACAAGCGCCAGUCCGAGUCCCAGCCAUGCGGCGGCGCCGGCGUGCUGGGCAUCGCGUGGUCCUUCGGCGGCAUGAUCUUCGUGCUCGUCUACUGCACCGCCGGCGUCUCCGGCGGCCACGUCAACCCGGCCGUCACCUUCGGCCUUCUCCUCGCGCGCAAGGUCUCCCUGGUGCGCGCCGCGCUCUACAUCGUCGCGCAGUGCCUGGGCGCCAUCUGCGGCGCGGGACUCGUCAGGGCCUUCCACGGCACCAGCAGCUACCUGCGCCACGGCGGCGGCGCCAACGAGCUCGCCGCCGGCUACUCCAAGGGGGCCGGGCUGGCCGCCGAGAUCGUCGGCACCUUCGUCCUCGUCUACACCGUGUUCUCGGCCACCGACCCCAAGCGCAAGGUCAGGGACACGCACGUCCCGGUGCUGGCGCCGCUGCCCAUCGGGUUCGCGGUGUUCAUGGUGCACCUGGCCACCAUCCCCAUCACCGGCACCGGCAUCAACCCGGCCAGGAGCCUGGGGCCGGCCGUGGUGUACAACCAGCGGAAGGCCUGGGAGGAUCACUGGAUGUUCUGGGUCGGCCCGCUCAUCGGCUCCGCCGCCGCCAUGGUCUACCACCAGCUGGUCCUCCGCGCUGGCGCCGCUAAGGCCUUCGCGUCCUGGCGCAACAACAACCACACCGGAAUCUGAUCGAAGCACCAGGAGGUCGUCGGCAUCCGUCGACACGAUGAUUAAUUACUUGGAUUCUACUUGGCGUGCGUGUAUUCCGUCUCCGAUAUCUCGGUCCUGUAUGUGCAUUCCUGCCAUUUCGAUUAUUCCAGCCUGCGUUUCGUUUUUCGUAUCGUUGCCUAUUUAUUGCGUAGUGCGUACCACUACGUUCUGCUACCACACUACUGCAUACAUGUAUUGAUUUGAAUUUAUCCUAUGUGAAAACAUUGCACACUGUUCUUAUAACUUGGAGAACACAGAUACAUUGAGCAUGUAUGCUGGUGCCUUCCAUUGAGCAUGCAGGAACAAGACGAUGUUUCCAUUGAGCAUCGCAGAAACUUUCUUUGGCAAUAUGGCGAUGUAGCAAGUGUCUUAGUUGGCAGGAAAUUGUGGAUCGUACGCCACCUAUCCUGACCUUAGGUGGGAUUUUCAUCUUCCACAAAUGCUUCCACCACUGACCAGAACCAGAAGCCGAUGGCCUUAAUUGCUUCUGCAUGGUCAGCUUCUAACAUCUGGGUAUCUUUUAGCAAUCGAUAAGCAGAUUUUACAGAGUAUCUCUUAUUCCAUUUUGCUCAUAUGCCCAGGCCAAAACAUCUUCCAGCAUAUUUGUCCCCAACGAAACCUUUUAAGACUGCAUGCGCAUCAAUAUCCGGCUGUGCCAAGUUGGUUUUCAGAGCUUCUAUGUUCCAUGCCUUACUAUCUUGUUCAAUCAGGUCUGCAACAUUCACCACAUUAGCUGUUUGCAGUUGAAUAUUGGGCUUCAAUGGCACAUUGGUUGGGAUCCAAUUAUCGUUCCACACAUGAUUGAUGAUACCUCUAUUCAGGAUAUCUCUGACUCUGCCAUGUAACAAGUCUCUCCAAGUAACAGAACUUCUCUUCUUUCUAGUAGACCCAAGAAAAUUAGUAUGGGGUAAUAUUUGCCCUUCAAAACUCUCCUGCUUAGGGACUCAGUAUUUGUUGCAAGUCUCCAACCCUGCUUGCUGAGAACAGCCUGAUUGAAAAGCUUAAGAUCUCGGAAGCCCAUACCACCUGCUUUUGGUUUUGUGAGAUUCCUCCGCUUCAACCAAUGGAUCUUGUGAUUGUCACUGGAACUCCCCCACCAAUAAUUUGAGAUUUCAUUCGCUGA